AUGGCUUCUACCAAACUGGUUAUCAUUGUGGGUGGCUCAUUUGCUGCUAUAGCGGCAUUGAAAACAUUAGUAGCCACCAAAGAAGUGAAAUUGGACAUCACCUUAAUUUCACCCAAUGACAAAGCAUUUUUCAAUGUUGCUGUUCCCCGUUUAUUAGUUGAAAAUGAGGUGACUAUUGAAAAGACGGUUUUCCCCCUUGAUGAAUCGCUCGAUAAAUUGACCAAAGGCACUCUUCACAAGGCAACUCAUGUCAAAUCGAGUGUAAAACAUGUUGAAUUUAAUGGAAAGGUUGUCACAAUCGCAGAUGGAUCCAAAUUGAGCUAUGAUAACUUAAUUCUUGCUUCUGGAGCAAGAUCUGUUUCACCUAUUUGGAAGCUCGACUCAGUCGAGAAUGUUGAUUUUACAUUGGAGUCAAUUAGACAAACUAGCGACAGGAUCCAGAAAGCGAGAAGCAUUGCUAUUAUUGGAGGCGGAACUACUGGUGUGGAAACAGCCGGUGAAUUGGGACACGAAUUCAAGGGGCGAAAGAAGAUUGUAUUGUAUACUGGUUCACUGGGCCCUUUAUCUAUUCCAUUGCCUGGGCAUGUGUCCUCGGUUACUGAUAAGCUAAAGCAAUUGGGCGUUGAAAUUGUCAAUAACCAGCUUGUCAAAAAGCAAGGCGAAUCUACAAUUGUUCUAGAGGAUGGAACGACUCGGGAUUUUGACUUGAUUCUUGAGGCUCAGAAGUUAAUACCAAAUACCGAGUAUUUGCCAAAUGAAGUAUUAGACAAGCGCAGAUACGUCAUUACUGAUGAUUAUUUUCGUUUACGCGAUUUCCAUGAUGUUAUAUGCCUUGGAGAUAUUCUUGCUUUGGGACAACAGUCGCUAGUCGAUUUGGUAUAUAAUCAAAACCCGACAUUUUCCAAAGCGAUAGCUUAUGAAGUAUUUGGUGAUACAAAGGUCAAGUUGACACCCUACGUUAAACCUAGUAGGCCUACAAUAUUGGUCCCUAUUGGUAGAAACGGAGGGGUCGGUGUUGUGUAUGGAUUUUCCAUUCCUAAUUUUGUCGUUUGGUUUUCCAAAUCAAGAGAUUUUAUGAUUCCCAAAGCAUCAGGGUAUUGUACUUAG